CCGCACUGUCUUUAUCGAUCUAUUUUGUGAGCGAGCAUUGUCAAAAGGAAACAAAUUUCGAUAUUGGCGGUACUUGAAUAUGAUUGCUUUCAUUUUUUGUUUCGAACGAUCAGGAAAAACCAUCCGACCGCCUUCCUUUUUUUGCCAUUGACGAUCUUGCAUGGCCGACCAAUCGUCACGUCCGCUACGCCGAUCGGCUCGACAAAGAAAACCAGUCAGCUAUGGAGAUACAGAAGUUUACGAAAUAGCGCCCAAGAGCACAACGGCUACAACAAGUACCAGAUCCAGCAAGGCGCAUGGUUCGAAAGGUUCAAAAGUUACCACACGUACCACGCGGAAGAGAAAAACGGCCGAUGUAAACGUCGACACUAACCUUGUAGGCGACUCAUUACAAGCAGAAUCUACAACAACACGUACAACGCGAAAGAGGAAAGCACCCGAUUCGGAAGAUUCAAAAGUUACCACAACACGUACAACCCGAAAGAGAAAAGCAGCCGAUGCAAACGACGACAUUAAUCUUGUAGGCAAAUCCCCACAAGCAGAAUCCUCCAUCGGCACGGCUAUUGCAGCCAACCCAAGGAGAAGUCGCCGUGUUUGUGCUUCAAAAAAAAAUGCCCAACAGAAGGAAGAGCAGGAACAGCCGAAAAAGCCCACGAAACGACAGGGAACUAGAAAGGCGACCGAACCUAUUGUCGAAGAACCUGCACAAGUAGUAACAUCUACUGACGCAGUCACCUUAAACAGCCCAAGAACACGUCGAAAGGGUCAUCGUGACCUCAAGGAGGCCGCUGAUAAAAAGAAGCCAAGCCAGCAGAAACCGAAAGAUCAGAAACAACCCAAUCGAAAGCAGCAACCGAAAAAGCAGAAGGAUUUGGAGAGAAACCGGAAUCAGCAGCAGGAGGUUUUGGAGAGGAACCAGGAUCAGCAACAGGAGAACUUGGAGCGGAACUUGAAUCAGCAGCAGGAGGAUUUGGAGGAUCAAUUAGAAGAAGAUGAUGAAGAGGAGCAGGUGGAAGAAGAUGCAUCUGAACCGGAAGAGUCAGCGGCGUCGUUCCCGACGCAUAUUGCUGAAUUCUUGUCACGUCAAGGUGUACCUGUGGAUACGGGUGCCCAUGCUUUGGAAACUGUUGUGGACCUUCGGGAUUCAGGUCGUAUUACUGCGUUUGAUGGAAAUCAGUUGAUGAUUCAAGAAGCACUCCGGUUAAACGAAGCGAUGCAGCAAGAAGCAGAAGCUCAAUUGGCUUGGAUCGAUGAACGUCUGAAGAUGAAUGAAACGUUAUCUAAAACCGUGCGUGAAUUCGCAGUACGUGAAACGGUGGCGAACCGAAAACGAGCUGAAAUCCAUAAAAAAUACCCCAUCCAAUACCAACCCUUUGUUGACCAACAGGGCCAGACUCCCUUUGAUUCCCUUGACUUGGAAGAAGAUAGCGACGAUCAAACAGCUUACCGUACCUCAAAAUCACGACCCUGGAACAUGAAAGAACGCAAAGCUCUCUUGGGAGCCAUUCACACGGAAGCUCGACGUAACAUGGCUUUAGAAUUUAUGGCACGGUAGGAGAUCAUCGAAAAAUUCUCGAUCUGGAGCAAAUUGAAGAUUCUGUAUUAGAAAAAUGCGCCGUUAAUAUGUUUGACUGGCAGCGUAUUAGCUCGCUUUACGUCA